AUGGCAAGUUUAACAGUGUUGUUGCGUCAUUCUGGCAAGUGGAACGAUGAGAGCAAUUACGUUGAUUUUUCAAUUGAGGGAAUACUGAUAAAGGAGUCUGCGUCGUAUAAUGAUUUGGUUGCUUCAAUUCCUAAUCAACUGGGCAUAGAUUUGAGCACAAAAUCCAUUAAAAUUAAAUACAAAGUAGAAGGGAAGAGCACGCCAAUGGAAAUACACAAUGACAUGGGUUACAUGGUGUAUGUAGAGUUAAAAAAAGAUAACAGAGAAUUCGGGAUGUAUCCUUUGUGCAUAAUAACGAUUGAAAAAGAACUUGUAUCCGGUGGAGAAGCAAUUAGGGUGUUUGAACUGAACAAGGAUUUGAUAAUUUCAAAAACUAGUCAAAGGGAGGUUAUUGUUGGACAAGUAUAUAAGGAUAAGGCUACAUUGAAAGAGGUGAUGGAGAAUUAUGCUAUAUCGCAAAGGUUUCAAUUCUGGGUUGAUAGGUCUAAUGCUGUCAGCUAUGCAUUAUUAUGUAUGUCAGAAGAUUGUGAAUGGAGGUUUAAGGUUUCAAGCAUUAACAAAUCAGAACUAUUUAAAGUGAGAGAGUUCAUUGAUAACCAUACAUGUCCUCUGAAGGACAAGGUGUAUGAGCAGCGACAAGCAAGCAGCAGCCUUAUAUGUGGUAUGAUUAGGCCUAAGCUUACUAAUCAUAAGAGAAAAUACACCCCAAAGGAUAUUAUUGAUAAUGUGAAAUCAGAUUUAGGUGUAGAUGUUAGCUACAUGUUGGCGUGGAGGGCUAAAGAAAAGGGGUUUGAUCAUUGUAGACCCAUUGUUGUUGUGGAUGGAAGUCACCUAAAAUCUUACUACACCGGGACAUUUGUUUCGGCAAGCACAUCGGAUGGUGCAGCAUAUGGUGUUAUUGAUUCAGAGAACGAUGCUGCUUGGACGUGGUUCUUUGAGCAAUUCAAGAUAGCAUACGGUGACAGGGAAAACAUGUGCAUCGCUUCAGAUAGAAAUGAGAGUAUCAUUAAAUCUGUAUCGAGAGUGUAUCCAGAUGUACCUCAUUUUGCUUGUAUAUGGCAUCUAUGGAGCAACAUAUAUAAUAAAUUCAAAAAGAGCCAUGCAAAGUUGAGCGAGAUAUACUUCUCGAUGGCAAAAGUAUACACACAAGCUGAAUUUGACAGUCUGGUGGAGAAGGUGGAGAUGGUAGAUAUUAGGGUGAAAGAAUACUUGGAGUUAGCUGGAUACGAAAAGUGGGCUAGGUUGUAUGCACCUGUUAACAGGGGAUGGACCAUGACGUCAAAUAUUGUUGAGUCAAUCAAUGUCGCACUAGUGUCAGCAAGGAAAUUGCCAAUAUACGACUUCCUCGAAGAAGUUAGGAAGAUGUUUGGACGUUGGAAUUGUUGUAACCGCAAAGAAGCUACACAGACAUACACAACGCUUGGAAAAAAAUACCAGGAGAUGCUGACUUUGAAUGAGGCAAUGUCUACACGCAUGACUAGCAAGUUUCUAAUGCCAGAAGGAUAUUGCUCUAACUAUUACAAACCAAAUUCUGUUGUAAUGACAUACGAUGUGCCUGUGUACCCGCUACCGGACAGAAAUGACUGGAAUAUACCAGCACAUGUUGCAGAGGAGGUUGUAUUACCACCCAAAUGGAAAAGACCUCCUGGAAGGCCAAAGAAGAAGCGCGAUAAACCUUUAAGUGAAUUGUUGCAGCCGAAAAAGCAACAUUCAUGUAGCAUAUGUGGGCAGGGAGGACAUAACAUGCGAACGUGUAGAAAUGCUCCACGUAGUAUUUAG